ACGGGGAGCCCCUCUUUCCCCUUCCAGGGAGGCAGGCAGAGCAGAGAAGUCAGAGAAGAUCCUCCCUCGCAUCCCGGGAGGAGGAAGGAAGGAGGAGGAGGAGGGGACGGAAAAGCAGGCGGAUCCGCGCCGGUGCCGUGCGGUUUGUUUGCUCUGCUCCCCCGCUUGCCCCCCUUCGGGCGUAGGUGGGGCUUUUGUCCCCAUUUGGAGGGGAAAAGGAUGCCCCCAGCCGCCGGGGAUGGUGCCGGGUCCCCUCCUCUUUCUGCCCGCGGGCCUUUUGCGCGUGGGAGGAGGGCGGCCGCGAUGGACUUGGGCUCGGGGAGGCCUCCUCGCUAAAGGCAGCCGCCACAGAAGAGGAGCUCGCGCUGCUGCCGCUGCUACUGCCUCUCCAGAGCCUGACGCCGCCGCGUGCUAAAUAAAGCCGGGACUGGUCGGCUUCCUCGCCUCUCUUUCUCUCUCUCUCUGCGGCAGAUGUGCCUGGCCUCGCGCGCAGCAGCAGCAAUCACAAGGGACUAUGGUGAAAUUCCCGGCGCUCACCAACUACUGGCCCUUGAUCCGCUUCUUGGUCCCUUUGGGCAUCACCAACAUCGCCAUCGACUUCGGCGAGCAGGCCUUGAAUAGAGGUAUCGCAGCUGUUAAGGAAGAUGCUGUGGAAAUGCUAGCCAGCUAUGGGUUGGCCUAUUCCCUCAUGAAGUUUUUCACAGGUCCAAUGAGCGACUUCAAAAAUGUGGGACUGGUGUUUGUCAACAGUAAGAGAGAUAGGACCAAAGCGGUUUUGUGUAUGGUUGUGGCUGGUGCUAUAGCUGCCAUAUUUCACACUUUGAUAGCAUACAGUGAUCUGGGGUACUACAUUAUUAACAAGCUGCAUCAUGUGGACGACUCGGUGGGAAGUAAAACACGCAAGGCCUUCCUUUAUCUUGCAGCCUUCCCAUUUAUGGAUGCCAUGGCUUGGACCCAUGCAGGCAUUCUUCUGAAACACAAAUAUAGUUUUCUAGUGGGAUGUGCCUCCAUCUCAGAUGUCAUAGCUCAGGUUGUUUUUGUAGCCAUUCUGCUCCAUAGUCACUUGGAAUGCAGAGAACCUCUCCUUAUCCCCAUAUUGUCCUUGUACAUGGGAGCGCUUGUCCGAUGUACCACCUUAUGCCUGGGAUACUACAGAAACAUACAUGACAUCAUACCUGACAGUAGCGGGCCAGAGAUGGGGGGAGAUGCUACGAUAAAAAAGAUGCUAGGCUUCUGGUGGCCCUUGGCAUUAAUUCUCGCCACUCAAAGGAUCAGUCGGCCUAUUGUCAACCUCUUUGUAUCCCGGGAUCUGGGUGGCAGCUCAGCAGCCACAGAGGCAGUGGCAAUUCUGACAGCUACAUAUCCAGUGGGGCAUAUGCCAUAUGGCUGGUUGACAGAGAUUCGAGCUGUUUAUCCUGCUUUUGACAAGAAUAACCCCAGCAAUAAAAUGGUGAACAGCAGCAGUACUGUCUCAUCAACUCAUAUCAAAAAGUUCACCUUUGUCUGCAUGGCCUUGUCCUUAACGCUCUGCUUUGUGAUGUUUUGGACUCCCAACGUGUCAGAGAAGAUCUUAGUAGACAUCAUAGGUGUGGAUUUUGCCUUUGCAGAGCUUUGUGUCAUCCCACUUCGGAUCUUCUCCUUCUUCCCAGUUCCAGUCACUGUAAGAGCACAUUUGACGGGAUGGUUAAUGACGUUAAAAAAGACAUUUGUGCUGGCCCCAAGCUCAGUGCUGCGGAUCAUUGUACUCAUCACCAGUCUCAUUGUGCUGCCUUACUUGGGGGUUCAUGGAGCCACCUUGGGAGUAGGAUCACUUCUAGCUGGCUUUGUAGGAGAAUCUACCAUGGUUGCAAUAGCAGCUUGUUACGUCUAUCAGAAACAGAAAAAGAAGAGGAAUGAUAAUGAGACAGCAACGGAAGGUGAAGACUCAGCAAUGACUGACAUGCCUCAAAUAGAGGAAAUGACGGACAUCGUAGAAAUGAGAGAAGAGAAUGAGUGACAAACUGGAACUGUCUGUUCUCUGCAGGGACAACUGGAAACAUACUUCUCUCAUGAUUCAUUGUUUAUUUUUAAAUAAAGAGGCCUUGAUUCCAGAGGUUUCAGAUAAUGAAAUCCCUAGCAUACUGAGUAUGCUGGCAUGGAUGAGGGACUUCAAGGAACCGUUCCUGCUUUUCUUCUCCACUUCUCAACUGAACUUCUUCUAUAUCUCAGCGCAAGCUGCUACUGCUGCUGCUACAUAGUAGAAGAGCCUCCCCUUUUGGACAGUCUAAUGGCCAACCAAAGUCUCUCUGUUUCUUCAAGAAUUCUGCUGCCGUCCUUCCACCGCCUCCAGUGCUUCCCCCGCUCCACUGACCCCGAUGUGCCCCAUUCCUCUUUUUAUUAUUAUUAAUUCAAGAUUUAAACACGCAACUUUGGGGUGGGGGGAACGUUAGCUUUAUUUUACUUGCUUGAAAAUGACUUUGCUCUAUUGACCUGUACCACGGUGGUCUCUUGAGGUUUUGCUUUCUCAUCGUUUAGUGUAAUAUAUUGUAUACUGCUACAAAAACAAGAUACCAAGACCAGAGGUUUAAAAAAGAAUAAAUGAUAAACGGGAUAUAUUAAAUAGACAUUGAUAAACACAGAA